UAAAAUCCCGUCCUGAUCAUGUCAACCCAGACAACAUUUCGAUUCACACCAAAAGAGCUUGUGGUUAAUAUAAGGAAAUGUCUGAAGAGGAUCUUCAAAAAUUGCCCUGCCACUUUACGUGGGGCCUGCAAAAGGAGGACGCUGAUCUUAAUUUCCUUGAAGUGAAAUUCUGUGAAAAGCUGAAAAUGAAAUGCGAGGAUGUUGAAAAUUUGAAACAUAGAGACUUAAAUUUUUUGGCCUUUAUCAAACAUUUACAAGGUUUUAAUGCUGAAGCAAUUAAGAAUCUGGAACAAGCAAAGGAGGAACAUCUAGGAAAUGAAAAGUUCUUAAUUGUGACGUAUGGAAACUUAGCUUGGGUGCACAGUAUUAUGGGCAAUGUGCAAGAAGCCAAAACCUGCACGGAGAAGGUUAAUGAAAUCCUUAAAGCUUUUCCAGCCCCAUGUCCAACAGAUCCUCACAGAGAAGUUCAGAGCGAGAAAGCCUGGACACUUCUUAAGUUUUCUAAAAAAACAUACAUCAGGGCAAAGGAGAGUUUCCUUGAAGCAUUGCAGCAAAAACCAGAUGACAAGGAAUGGAACACGGGCUAUGCCUUUUCUCUGUUCCGUUUGGAGGGACAGGAGAUUGGCGAGUACAAGCGUCUAUGUUUUGAGGAGUCUCCUGCUGUGGUCCAGUUGAAGGAAGCGCUGAAACUUGACCCAGACAAUGCAAUGAUCCAUGUAUAUCUGGGGCUCAAGUGCAACAAGAACCAAAGGAACACUGAGGCAUGGGAGUACAUGACAAAAGCGCUUACAAUGACUCCAGAUAAUCUCAGUGUUGUUUUGCGUGUUGCAAAGUUCAUGAAGAAAGAGCAGUGCUAUGACAGGGCCUUGGAAGUGCUGCUGAGAAUGCUAGACAAAGCACCAGAGUCGUCACGUUUACAUCAUGAGAUUGCCAACAAUUACCGCUGGAAAGCCAUGCAGUUGAAAGACAUACACAAUCCAGGGUUGCUGAGCCUUUGCAUUCAGCAUUUAGAGAAGGGUGCCAGUUUAAAUCCAGGGUUCAUUUACCCACAGUUGGAGCUAGCUAUGAGGUAUGCAGACAUCAAACAAUCGGCUAAAGCAGAGCAGAAGUUCCGUGAGCUGUUUGCUCUUGACCUGAACCCAGCUGAUCUUCAAGCCUGGCAUCGCAUGUAUGGAGAUUUCCAACUCUACAAGUUGGGCUCAGAGGCAUCUGCAGUUGAGCAUUACAAACAAGGCAUGAUGUUGGGACGAGUGUCCACUGAAUGGAUCAACUGCAGAAACAGACUGAAAAAAGUCCUACAGCAUGACAGAAGGGACAUAUACCAGAUCCGGAUGUUCUUUUCUUCCUUUUGGCACAGAGGCACUCAUUAAAAGACAAUAUUUCCAUCCCUAUGCAUUGCUAUGUUUAUGGUUUACUUUGUAAUCUGAAGUUCCACUAAUUAUAAUAUUCAUCUUCUCAUGUAAUCAAAAUCUUUCAAAGCUUUCAAAGUUAAAGUAGUUCACUGAAAAAUUAAAA